UAACGCUAAAUCACUACAGCGGAUGCCAGUUUCAAACCAGUGUGUUAUUGAUAGAUUCACUGCUGGUCAGUUGACGCCUGUACCGGUUGUCUAACUUGAUUAUUGUCAACUCGCAAAGCAAAAGGCGUAACAAACCACGCAAGGGAAGACCCGCAGGCGUAAAUAGUCUCAUUGGUCACUGCACAAAAAAUCAGAAGUUGUAUAGCACCACCUUAAACGUGUGGGUAACCAAACCACAAGCGAUAUAUAUAACAUAUUCGCGAGGUGGGAAAUCAGUGCAGAAUAUACAGCUUAGAAAGAAUGGUUAGAAGUACUAAAGUAAUGGAAGAACCAACCAACAUAGCAACUGUUAGUUCUAAAGAACUAUCUAAACCCGAAGGAUUACAAAUACCCGUUGAAAUCAGCGACGAUGCUUCUUCCAGUAAAGAGGAUUCUGAAAAUGUGUAUUCCUACUUUAGCCUAUAUCGGUACAUGGGAUGUCUUGACUACUUAUUAGUCGUUGCGGGUACUGUCUUUGGUCUAGCAUGCGGAGCCGCUGCUCCACUUUUGUUCUUUUUCUUCGGAGACUUGGUCACGGAGUUUACUGACUUUGGAGUCUACAAGUCAUGUUCGUUUAACUACCAGCUGUGUACUACUCGUGGUCUGGUUAAUAUAAGCGAACAGGAGUGGAACCGGGUAGUUCUAACAGCCGUUCGGAGAUUUGAAGACGACAGUAUCGCUACUGUUAUUAAGUUUGUGUACGUCGGAGUCGCCGUUUUCGUUUGUGCGGGCGUGUUUGUUGCUUGUUGGUCUACACUAUCUGUACGACAGGCACGGAAUAUUCGUCUUAAAUGUUUUCAUGCGUUAUUACAGCAAGAUAUGGCGUUUCAUGAUAAGAAUACUGCGGGUGAACUGAAUGCACAGCUAGCAGAAGAUAUCCCGAAAAUCCAGGAUGGUCUGGGCGACAAAGUCGGCAUUACUUUGCAAAACAUCGGGAUGUUAAUAGGAUGUCUUGUCGUUGCUUUCUUAAAAACGUGGAAAGUAACGUUAGUGAAUCUUGCUAUUGCUCCGUUUCUUGGAAUAGUCUCGAGCAUCGUUUUCCAGGUAAACACAAUGUUCGACGGAAAAGAGGCGAAAGCUUACGCGAAAGCUGGAUCUCUUGCUGAAGAAACUUUACAUUCAAUUCGAACAGUUCUUGCAUACGGAUGUCAAGAUAAGAUAGUGGAUCGAUUUGGCAAGAAUCUAGAUUCGGCUAAACAAGUCGGAAUAAAAAAGGGAUUAGUUCUUGGGUUAAGCAUUGGAAUUUCCCGCUGUUUGGUUUACGCAAUGUACGCUGCUUCGUUCUGGUAUGGAUCCGUUUUAGUGGUGGACAAAGAAAUACGCGUAGGAGAUUUCGUGACGUCAUUAUCUUGCGUCAUAUUUUUCUCGUUUGCAUUCGGAGGGGUCAUGAAAAAUUGGGAAUACUUAAGCGGAGCAAAAUCCGCUGGAAACAGAAUCUUUAAAAUUAUCGACAGGAAAUCGAAAAUUGAUGUUUUUUCGAAUGACGGUAUUCGACCACAAGACCCGAGAUUUACUGUUGAGUUUAAAAACGUUUCGUUCAGCUAUCCUUCAAGACCCGAUACGGAGAUCUUGAAAGAUGUUACCUUCCAAGUUGAAGAAGGUCAACAGAUUGCCAUCAUCGGUGGUAGUGGAUGCGGUAAAAGUACAGCCAUGCGUUUAAUCCAACGAUUUUAUGAUGCCAACGAAGGAGAAGUGCUCGUGGCAGGCCAUGACGUGAAAACGCUCAACGUUAACUGGUUAAGAGACAUGAUAGGCGUUGUGGACCAAGAGCCAGUUCUUUUUAAUACAACCAUUGGCGAAAAUAUUCGAUGGGGAAGAGAAAACGUUACUGACGAUGAAAUGGCAGAAGCUUGCAAACUUGCGAAUGCUUACGAUUUUAUAAAGGUUUUGCCAGAGAAAUUCAACACUUUGGUUGGAGAGUCUGGUGCCCAGUUAUCAGGUGGACAGAAGCAAAGAAUCGCCAUCGCGCGAGCUAUAGUUCGUAAACCAUCAAUACUUCUACUUGAUGAAGCAACAUCAGCACUUGAUACGUACAAUGAAGCUGUUGUACAAUCAGCACUAAACAACGCUAUGAAAGGUCGUACAACCAUAAUGGUUGCGCAUAGACUAUCUACUAUAAAAGAUACGGAUAAGAUCAUCACAUUAAAAGGAGGUUCAGUCACUCAGGUGUGCACGUAUGAUGAGUUAGACAAAAGUGAAAUGGGCGCUUAUGAGAAGAAGCCAAAACCUAAAGAUUUUAAAAAAGUCCCGAAACCCAAACCAAAGUUCACACAAAGAAAACGCACGAAAAGGAGAACCACCAUGAGAAAACUAACACGCUCACUCACAUCGUUAAACAAGACUUCGGAUUUGGAAAGCAAUGCAUCUGAUGACGAAGAAAGUGAAUCCGGUGAAGACGUCAUGAUUCUUCCGGAAGAUGCUCCGAUGAUGAGAUUGAUAAAGAUGAACAAACCAGAAUGGCCCUACAUUGCAGUUGGUUGUGUCUCUGCUCUCUUCGCCGGAGCAGGAGAUCCGGUUCUUGCUCUUCUAUUCGGUCGAGUGCUCACUGUGUUCACUUCUUCCAAUGAUCAACUUUAUUGGUCGAGACUUUACGCAAUAUUAAUGUUUGUUCUUGGAGUUAUUACAUUCGUAUCGUAUACGAUUAAGUCGAGCACCUUCGGAAAAUCAGGCAUGGAAUUGACUGUUCGACUGCGUACAUCAUCCUUUCGUGCUAUGUUGGGCCAGGAAGUUGCUUAUUUUGAUGACCCAGUAAACAGCACGUCCAAUCUCUGCAAUAGAUUAUCCUCUGAUGCCGCUAAAGUACAAGGAGCAACCGGAGAAAGAUUGGGAUUGCUCUUUCAAAACUUUUCAGCUUUAGGUAUAGCCAUCAUUAUAUCGUUUGUAUAUAGCUGGCAGAUGGCGCUAAUGUUGUUUGGAUUAAUCCCCUUUCUCAUUGUAAGUGGUUUUGUCGACAUGAUGUUACAAACUGGUGCAACAAAACAAAAUGAUUUUGAGAAAGCAGGUGAACUUUCCUCGCAAAGUAUUAACAAUAUACGUUUGGUGGCUUCAUUUACAAAAGAGAAAGAGAUAUAUCGGUCGUACGAAAAAGCUCUAGAAAAACCAAUGAGAAAUUCUCUAAAGUUUGGAUUCAUCACUAGUUUAUCUUAUGGAUAUUCGCAAAGUAUCGUCCAGUUCAGUGUAGCGGCGAUAUUUCGACUUGGUAUAUACCUCGUAGCAUAUGAUGAUCUAACGUUCGAAAGCGUAUUUGUGGUUCUUCUUGCUGUUACCUUCGGGGCAAUAGCAGCAGGCCAAAACGCUAUCUAUGCCCCUGAUUAUGCCGCCGCAAAACUAUCCGCUGCCCGAAUUAUCAAAUUACUUGACAGAGUUCCCACCAUUAACCCUUAUUCUGAUGAUGGACUUAAACCAGCCAACUGUUCCGGAGAGAUCCAAUUAGAACUAGUUGAGUUUUACUACCCAACUAGACCAGAUGUUGAAGUGUUGAAGAAAUGUUCAAUAAAAGUUGCUUGUGGUCAAACAUUGGCGUUGGUUGGAAAAUCAGGAUGUGGAAAAUCUACAGUUAUUCAGCUUAUUGAAAGAUUUUAUGAUGUGGCUGGUGGUAAAGUGCUUUUGGAUGGAGUCGACAUCAAGUUACUGAACGUUGAAUGGUUACGUGGACAGAUAGGACUCGUCUCGCAAGAACCUUCGCUAUUCAAUCAAACUAUCAAAGAAAAUAUUACUUUUGGACAGACCACGAGACCAGUUUCUGAUGACGACAUCAAAAAAGCUGCUGAAAUGGCUCAUAUUGAAGAAUUUAUUGACUCCCUUGCCGAAAAAUAUGACACCAAUGUUGGAGGGAAGCAAUUAUCUGCCGGCCAAAAGCAACGAAUAGCUAUUGCUCGUGCUCUUGUCCGAGAACCUCGUGUUUUACUUUUGGACGAAGCAACUUCGGCACUGGAUAAUGAAAGUGAAAAGGUAUACGUGCUAGAAUGUGUAUUUUCCCAUGUCGCCUACCUUCAGCGAAGCGAUAGGCUUUAACAUCUAGUGAGGUCC